AUGGGCCUCCUCGAUCUACCCCCAGAACUUCUAGAUCUCAUCAUCGGCGCAGCCGCGCCCCAUGGCCUGGAGAAUUUCGUGCUCUCGUGCAAGGCUGUGUUCGAGCGUGCGAAGUCACAAAUUGAGCGACACAAUGCGCUGAAAAAGACAUGGAGCCAUGCCACCAAUGCAAGCCAGGCGCGUUGUGGAGACACCCUCAACGUUCUUUACGAAAUAUCACGUGAGCCCAUCAUUGCAGAGUACAUUACGUCUUUGAGUCUGUGGGACCAGCGCGUAGACAACCAGAUGCCAAAAGAGCCCGUGGCAGAUGACUUCCGUAACGAUGAGACGGCCAUGAUGAACAUCAAGGCCUUGCUCCAGAAUGCCGACUACUCCGCCCUCGUGGGCCAGGACGAGUGGUGGCAACAAAUCUUGGACGAAGAUGCGGCGGGCGAAGAAAUGGGUGUCGAUAAGCUGUAUGCAACGGUCGCGCUGCUGGCUCUUCUCCCUAACCUCAAAACACUUCAGUUGCCUGAUCGAUGGCAUGAGAUCCGGAGAGACGAGGCCGCCGAAUCUUUGGUGCCCGUUGUCGAAUCGCUGAUCAGAAUGUCGAAUACUAGCCGUAGUGCACGAAGGCCACUGGGUUCCCUAGAAACCCUAUUGCCUUUUGUGGAGGAGGGUUACGAUGUGCGCGCCAGCUUGCAAUGUAUCCAGCCUUUCAUGUGUCUCAAUAGCGUCCGCAACCUUUACGCUGUUAGUUGCGUCGCUCUAGAGGACGACUGGAGCAAUAUGCCAUUCGAGUGGCCAACAAGCCUCAAAUCCCCGUUGACCAGAAUUGAGCUUGCCAGUUGCUGCAUCGAUGCCGGUGCACUGUCAGUCUUAUUGGCCAAUACUCCUGCGAUUACAAUAUUUCGCUAUUCUCACCAAACCAAAUGGGAUGGUCUCGAGACCGACUGGAAUCCCGGUGCGUUCGUGGAAGUGAUCGCGAAUUACCUCGGCAAUCAGCUUCAAGAGCUCGCAAUAACGAUUGACGAACUACACGGCGAAGUUGUCAAUGGUCUAUCCUCUUUCAUGCGCUUCGUCAGGCUCCAAAAACUUGAAGUAGACGUUGCUGUCUUCUGUGGUCCACCGCUCGAAAGCGGCCAGCGUCGCGGGCGCGACGCUUAUGCGCCAGACGGUGCUACGUUGUGGGUACAUAACGACAUACCAUGUAUGGGCGACAUGCUGCCUGAUAGCAUCCGGGAGCUGCAUGUAAACACCGACUAUCCCUAUCCAUCCAAGGAUGCGCUGCAGGCGCUUUUCAAGAACAUUAAGAUACGACGAGAAGACAAACUCCUCAAUCUUGAGAAGACCGUCAUAAGGCAGUAUAGAUCAAGUACUGCAUGGAGAAUGGCAGAAAUGCACCAGGCGACCCUAGAAGUGUUUGAUGAAGGCGUAGCAGAACCACGGCCGCGGUCUAUGAUGCCAGAAUGGAAACGCGAAUUCGACGCGCGAGUUGGUGGCAUCGUAAUGACCACGAGUGAAUUGACAUAG